CCAGCGAUGGCCGCCUCUCUCCGCCUGCGGGGGGCCCUGGCGCUGGUCACAGGGGGAGGAAGCGGCAUCGGCCGUGCCGUCUGUGCCCGCCUGGCUCGGGAAGGGGCGCUGGUGGCGGUGGCGGACUGCAACGAGGCCGGGGCGGCCGAGACCCUGCGGGGGCUGCAGGCGGGAGACCACCGGGCCUGGGUGGUCGACGUGGGGUGCUCCCAGGACGUGGCGGACCUCAUGGGUCGGAUCCAGGCACACUAUUCCCGCCCCGCCAGCAUCUGCGUGAACUGCGCCGGGAUCACAAUGGACGAAUUCCUGCUCAAGCAGUCCGAGGAGGCCUUUGACGCCGUCCUCAGGGUGAAUCUCAAGGGAACCUUUCUGGUGACGCAGGCGGUGGCCCGGGCUCUGGUGGCGAGCGGAGCGCCGGGGGGCUCCAUCAUCAACGUGGGCAGCAUCGUGGGGAAGGUGGGGAACCUGGGGCAGGUGAACUACACAGCCUCCAAGGCCGGGGUGGAGGGCCUGACGAAGACUGCUGCCAAGGAGCUGGCCAGGUACGGGAUUCGCUGCAACACGGUCCUACCAGGAUUCAUCCACUCCCCCAUGACGGAGAAAGUGCCCCAGAAAGUGCUGGACAAGUUUGCAGCGAUGGCGCUUCUGGGACGCCUUGGGGAGCCUGAAGAUGUAGCCGAUGUCUGUGCUUUCCUGGCCUCCGAUGAGAGCAAAUAUAUCACCGGAGCCAGCGUGGAGGUAACAGGGGGUCUUUUCAUCUGACACAUCUAUUUCUGAAGUCCCCC